AUGGAUUAUCGAGGAGAUGAGCAUAUUUCAAGUUACGGCCAAGAUACUCGCAUGUUGCUCUUUGUCUUUUUUGUUUUUCCAUUUUCUAUUCAAUCUGCUCGCUCACUCGUCGGGUUUCGCCGCGUCGUGCGAGUUCAAUCUGCCGUAUUUGAUGUGAAAAAUUAUGGUGGUAAAGCCGAUGGCAAGUCAGAUAUUAGCAAGGCAUUAUUGGGCGCGUGGAAAGAGGCUUGUUCAGCAAAGGGUUCCAACAUAGUUGUAGUACCCAAAGGAACAUAUUCCAUAGGUUUAACUGACUUAAAUGGUCCAUGCAAGGGAGCCAUGGAGCUUCAAGUCCAAGGAACCUUAUUGGCACCGAUAAACCCUAGCAGUUAUGCCAAGGACAGCUGGAUUACUUUUGCAUACAUUGAUCAAUUCAAAUUAUCCGGUGGUGGAACCUUCGACGGACAAGGGCAAGUGGCUUGGAAGCAAAAUAACUGCGGUCGAAAUCCAAAAUGCAAGAGACUUCCAGUUUAUGUGCUUCUUGUCCCUUUAAAAACACGCCAGAGCUUGCGGUUUGACUUCAUCACCAACAGCGUAGUUCAGGACGUAACAUCGCUCGAUAGUAAGAAUUUCCAUGUCAAUCUUCUAGGUGGCAAAAACCUUACUUUCGAUCGCUUCACGAUCACUGCACCAGGAGAUAGCGUCAAUACAGAUGGAAUUCACAUCGGGCAUUCAAACGGGAUCAACAUUAUUAAUUCAAAUAUUGCCACCGGCGAUGACUGCAUCUCCAUUGGUGGUGCCAGCGAACAAAUAAGGAUCACAAACGUACGAUGUGGACAUGGACAUGGCAUUAGCGUGGGAAGUUUAGGGAAGACCACUGAUGAAUUUGUCUCUGGAAUUUUCGUAAGGAACUGCACCUUCUAUGACACCGACAAUGGAGUGAGAAUUAAGACAUGGCCGGCAUUACAUGGUGGCAUGGCCUCUGAUAUGCAUUUCGAGGAUAUUAUGAUGAAAAAUGUCCGCAACCCUAUCAUUAUAGAUCAAAUGUACUGCCCAUGGAAUCAGUGCAAUCCAAAGGUAACGCGAAAAGAAAUGAAAAUGAAAGAGUCUCUUAAUGCAUUGUCCGUGGACAAAUCUGCCCGCAACAUGAAAUUUCUGUAACCCUUUGCCGUUUCUGAUGUUUGUUUCAGCUUCCGUCAAAAGUUAAGAUCUCCAACGUCACCUUCAAGAAUAUUAGGGGCUCUUCAGCGACCGCAGUAGCUGUUCGACUUAAUUGCAGCAGCAGUUUUCCAUGCCAGAAGGUCGAGCUCGCUGACAUUAACUUGACGUACGGAGGAAAGGAAGGCCCUGUAAAAUCCUUGUGUGCAAAUGUUAAACCCACACUUAAGGGAAAAUUGACUCCAACCAUUUGCUAGUAUUGUCAACGCUCAAACCUCGCAGCUCCUAGCCGCGAUACAUGGAUUAUCGAGGAGAUGAGCAUAUUUCAAGUUGUAAGUUUUACCAAAUAAAACGAGACACUUCAAAGUUUCCUUUUAUAUAGGUUACUGCGUGGGUAGACGGCCAAGAUACUCGCAUGUUGCUCUUUGUCUUUUUUGUUUUUUCCAUUUUCUAUUCAAUCUGCUCGCUCACUCGUCGGGUUUCGCCGCGUCGUGCGGUGAUUAAACUGACAACAGAAAACAUGAGAUUACAGUCGAAGGCAGUUUGGCCAAGUUUCGACCCUAGAAAAAAUUAUUCUGUCCGAAUUUUCAGGCUUUUUAUAGAUUUUUCGUACAGUUUUGAACGUUAUUUUCAUCACGAUAGAGUAAUCGUAUUAAAAUUUCCACUCAAAGGCACACAUUGUCCAUGAGAAGAAAAGAUAUGCGUAUUCUUUGGUGCUGAACUCAAUUUGAUGCUAGAUUUACACAAUCCACUCCCUAAAGAAUUUGUUGAGUUUCGUUGCACAGUGCGGUGAUGAAAUCGACAAAAGAAAAUUUAACACUACAGCAUAUCAUGAACUCCUUCAGCGUAAUCCAAUGUAAUGGAUGCGAUGCAACGCAACAUUUUCGGCUCAAAUGAGAAAAGAAACUGGGCCGCGGGAAACAAAAUGCGGUUUUUUUAGAAAGGUUUGCGAAAUAAGAGACUCAUGAAAUUAGGGCUGCUCAUUUAAAACUUAUUAUCGGGAACCUAAGAAACUCGUUUAAUAAAAACUUAUUCAUUUGAUGGGUCGAGGUGCUGUGAGAAUUUCAACACAUAAUAGGUCCACGUGAUGCUGCACAAGGGUCGCCCAAAGAAAGGCAUGAGUUGUCAACACAUAAUAGGUCCACGUGGCAAGAUCUGAUGAGUGGGUAGCGCGGCCCCACUCUAGGAAAGGAAGGCCCGCACACCUCAACACCCUGUUUAUUAGCAUAACUGGCCCUCCCCUGGAUAAGAUGAGUCUCGGCACAAAGUUAUCAUUAUCAGGCACAGUCCCGCGUAUACCCAUUAUGGCUAUAGUCGCGGGAUCACCGACCUAUUAGCCGGCGAUAUCCCUGAUCAAGCAAACGAUCACAUCAUCAUUGGAUUAUCAGA